GGUAUUGGAAUCAAUAUGGCGCAUGUUGAUAUGACAAAUUGACAGCUGUGUUUUGUCCCGUACGUUAGCUGUGAUGUUUAUUUUACAUCUCCAGGCAGAUACCAACAAUAUAUAACCAUGACGAGGCCGUUCGGUAAUAACGACAAGCGCUUUUCAAUCGACGAUGCAUUUGAAGAGGAAACCGAUGAAGCCAUUAAAGUUUACGGUGCUACGGGAGACAGAUCGCCUUUACAGAACAAAUACAAGAAUGGAAAUGAAUAUUUGGCCAGCACCAAAACCUACAAAUGCACAGAGGACACGACGUCGAGAGACUCAGACUCCCUGAUCCACGAGUAUGUGGAGGCGACGCAGUCCAUGUACUGUUGGAACCACCCGAAGGUCCGGGAGAACUGGAAGACGGUGUGCGCGGCCGUCGUGCUGCUGCUCGUCGGAGUGGGGCUCCUCGGCAUGGGAGCCUUCGCCGUCGCCGAGCCGGAGAACGGGCUCCAAGGUGCAGUAUUCUUUGUAGCCGGCAUGAUCUGCUUCGUGCCCGGCGCCUACCACGUCGUGUACAUCUGGCUCGCCGCCCGCGGACAGAGGGGCUACGACUUCUACCACCUCCCGUUGUUUACCUGAUUUAUUUUACCUUCUAAGUUUGUGUAAGCUUGUAAAAUGAGUGUAAAUUAUACGAGGAGUCGGAAUAUCAUGUCUGGAGAUGUUUGUUUUGCGGUUUGUUUUGUUUUGCUCUCUAAAGAAGUUAAAUCGAUCCGAUGUAGGUAUUGUAGAUAAAUGAACAAAAAAAGUGUAAUAAGGGUAAGUUUUAUAACAUUUAUAGCUUCUCUUGUUGAAGAAAAAAUAAGAAAAAUAUCUAUUUCGAAAGAUGCUUCUCCUAUAAACGUUAUGAUAAUAAUGUUGAAUGAAUUGAAGAACUAUUUAUUAAAAACUAAAUUUAAAUUGUGUUAGUAUGUUACGUAGAUCGUCCUCCUAAAUAAAUUAUAAUAAAAUUGAAUACCUAAUUAUAAAAAAAUAAAACAGUACGUCCUUUGUAUCUGUAGGAUUGCAUCCGAACGAUACAGAGAUGUUACAGUUUUGCAACCUAUGUGUAAAUAAUAACCACGUUAAAUAUUUAAAAAUGUUGCAAUUUGAAAGAUUGUAUUGAACAGUUGAAAAGAAAGAAAUGUAUUUUCUGCAAACUACUUAACUAAAUGAUAUAGUGAUAUAAUAAUUUUAAACAUAAUUAUAAUAGACUUGAAGUGCCUAGUUGCAUAGAUACGUAGUAGAGAUUUGGAUUACAAUAGCAACUUUGUAAGGUUAUAAACUUGAGCAAUUUUUUUGUGUCCAUAUUAUUUUGGCGGUAAAAUUAUCCAAUAAAAAGACACCAUUACAAAAACCAUCCAUAGAUAAUUUUACCAGACGUUUAUGUGCUUUUAUUUCCCGCCAAAAUAUUGUUCUAAUUUUAUAAUAUUUAACUACAGAACUUUUUUGUACGAAGACUUAAAUACUAAUUUCGACUUAAAAUAUAGAAAUAUUAUUUAACUAUUAAUUAGACAUUAAAAUAUGAUCCAUUUAAAGUUACGUUUUCGACGCAAAAAACAAUUUUCUCUACGUUGCCAACGAAAAGGAUGGAUGAUUCGAAACGUUUAGUUUUGAAAAAAAAGAUUUGAACAACUUUUACUUUUUUAGAAACAGGAUUUGUAUUUUUAUACUUUUGAAGAGUUCACUUGGCAGGAGAAAGUUAUUUAUGUUUUUUAUCGGAAUAUGAAUGUUAGAGGUAGAAUAGAAUACUUAGAAUCGUGAUCUAGUCCAUGUGUUUCUAGAAGACUUAUUUGAUUGAUUUCAAAGCCGUUUGUGCGUGAGUAUAUUCUAGGACAGCCUCGCGAAUAGUGACGUGUGCCCUUGACCUAUCGACGUUUAGUGAAAUCCUACAUAUUUUUUCCUCAUACUUUUUUUUUUUAUAAGCCGCAAUCAUACUCUGUGAUUGUAAUAGACCACGUUAAACUUUCUAUUUGCAUUAUUUAUGCUUUGACGCGUUACGCGUUGACGAUGGAAUCCGUAAUUGAUUUUAUAAUUGCGAAAUCUUUUAAUUAGAUGCGAAGUUACAAGUCGUGGUCCAUAUUAACUGUUCUUAAUUAGUUCCUUAUUGGCAACACGUUGUUUUUAAAUAGUAUUGCGAAAUAGUAUGAUUAAGGAUUUAUAGAAAAAAAUAUAAAACGAAAUAUAGGAAUGUCCGCGUGAGAAAAUACUUUCAUAGUGUAGUUAUGUUUGAAAAUAAUUUUAAAUGGAUUUUAUUUUAAUAUCUAGGAACGCGUCCUACUUAUAGUUUCGUCAUCGAUAUGAACAUCAACUGUCUCCUAUGGUCUUUGUAUCGAUGGUAGACCUUGGCUAUUUAGAUUAAAAUACUUUUUACAUUUUUUUAAGAAAUUUCGCUUAUGUGUAGUCGUGCGUCCAUUAUUUGACUAUCCACAGAAUUGAAGCAAAAUCAAGUGGAAUUCUUGACGACUUUGCUUCACCUCUGUGUACAAAAGUCGUUCUAAGCUGCCUGUUAAUAGAGUACUUUUUGAAUGAAUAGUCCCGAAUUUGAACGUUAUUUUUUUAUUAAUUAGUUCUAAACAUAAAUAUCGAGUUUCGUUUCACGCGCCAAUUCGUGUUCCUUGCGUUUUCCAAAGAUAUACAAAUUACAUAAUAAUCUCGCAAUAUUUCUUUAUUUAAUAUUUUUUACAACGAAACUCGAAAUUUGCAAUGUAUAAUUUUAACAUAAACAUAAAAUAAUAUGAAUUAUGCUCAUUUUUUUAAUGUUAAUUUAAGAUGUUGUUCGUAUGUGAUAUAGCGACUGAUUUUGUAUUACAUAUCAGUAUGUUUAUUUUUGAGGAUGCGGCGGAACUAUUGGCUAGCUAAUUACUUGUAUCAACAAUAACAUUUAAUAAAAAAAUCCCCUUCAAUCUAAUGAAAUACCUCUCAGUCUUGACCAAAGGCGCUGAUGAAAUGCCACAGUUACCAUGACAAAUCAAAUCUACAUAAUUGGUACCUAUUUAAAUAUAUGUACUAAGAACAAUAAUCCUAUAUUAUAACUAUACCGCACGGAACCUACCUAUGCAAUGUAUUAUAUAACAAUAGUUGACGCAAAACAUUCGUGAUUGUCUAUGCUUUACGUAUUCAUUUGUUUAUGAACAGUUACAGUUAUAAUGACAAAAGAGGUUGGUCGUCAUCAAUGAAUCAACUGUUUUGUAUAUUUUAUAGCGGUGACGGUGACGGUGACUAAAUGGCGUCAUCGUGUUUAUAAAUAGCGAUGUCUGUUCUCUAUAGGGCUUCCCAACGCAUCCUCACUGUAUCAGGGCGCUUACUCUUGAAACCAAUCUCAAUGUCAAUACAAUUAAAUUUCAAUAAUUAAUUAUGCUAUUUUAAAACUAUACAAUAACUGUUAAAAUUUAAUAGGAAAAGUAUGGAAUAUAAAGACAAACUCGCCAAUUUAGUUCAUUCAAUAUCCACACAAUACGGUUUUUUUUAAUGGGGAAAAUCAUCUAAUGACUUCUCUCGCCUUAGGGUAGGCGGGAGGGAGUGUCAGACUCUUGCUGACUAAAAACCACCCCGUUCCUAUUCCUGCUUUUCAAGCCGGAGCCCCGGUAAACCCGCUAGGUAAUCCGCAGCUCGGAUGCAAUAGGCAACUCAAGAGUAUGAAAUUUCACAAAUAUGAAUGUCGAUCAAUUGGAAUUGGAUUCAAGAAUAGACCCCCAGGUCCGUAUCUGCGCUGAUGUUGUAUAAUUAUUAUUGUACUGUAUGUUACUUAGGUUGUGUUCACCACUGUUCCCAUUCACAAUCCUGUGUCCUGUAAUGUGAAGUUGUAAAUAGUUUCUAAUAAAUUAGUCAUCUUUCUUCAAA